AUGGCGCCCCGUCGUCUCCGAAUUGACGGCACAAAGUUUAAGGACCCCCAGAAUCGUGAGAUUACACUUAGGGGAAUCAAUGUUGCCGGCGAGGCCAAAUACCCCAGGAUUCCUGAUGUCCCCUCGAACGUCGCGGAUGGAUUCUUUGACGCCGAUCAUGUCUCUUUCGUUGGACGGCCAUUCUCGCUUGAUGAUGCACAUACACACUUCUCAAGGUUACGCGAAUGGGGCUACAACACUAUCAGAUACAUAUUCACCUGGGAAGCAAUUGAGCAUGAGGGACCUGGCAAAUAUGACGAUGAAUGGAUAGCUUUCACAAUUGAGGUCUUGAGGAUCGCAAAGCAGUACGAAUUCUACGUAUUUAUGGAUCCACAUCAGGAUGUGUGGUCAAGACUUUCGGGAGGCUCUGGGGCACCUGCCUGGACGCUUUACGCGGCAGGCCUAGACCCCAGGGGCUUCAAGAAGACACAAGCUGCCUUAGUGCAGAAUACCUGGGAUAGUCCGGCUGAGUUUCCAAAAAUGAUAUGGGCCACAAAUUAUACUAGACUGGUCUGCCAAACGAUGUUCACACUCUUCUGGGCAGGGAGAGAUUUUGCACCGAAGGCGGUAAUAGACGGCAUGAAUAUCCAGGAAUAUCUCCAAGGUCAUUUCAUAGCCGCGAUUAGAUAUUUUGCCCAAAAGAUACACGACGCUGGGGACAUCGAAAAUGAGGUGGUCAUCGGAUGGGAAAGCCUUAACGAACCUCAGCGAGGACUAAUUGGUUACCAAGACAUCUCCGUCAUUCCCGCAGAUCAGCAGCUCCAGCUAGGCACAUCACCGACUGCUUUCCAAGCAAUCCUUACGGGUUCAGGACGUGCAUGCGAAGAGGCAACUUGGGGAUUUGGAGGAUUCGGCCCAUACCAAAGCGGCCGAGAACUGAUCGACCCAGAAGGGGAGACUGCUUGGUUACCGGUGACCUAUGAUGACACGAAGUACGGUUGGAACAGAGACCCCAACUGGAAGUUGGGGGAAUGUCUGUGGGCUCAGCAUGGAGUCUGGGAUCCAGUGACAGAUGAGCUACUACAGAAGGACUACUUUGCUAAAAAGCCGCGAACCGGGGAGCCGCUCGACUACGACAAAUUCACGAAUACCUACUUCUUAGAGCAUUAUAGAGCAUAUACCGAAGCGAUCCGAAGUGUGUGGCCUGGUUCGAUCAUGCUGUGCCAGCCUCCUGUGAUGGAAAUUCCACCUGACCUCAAGGGAUCGAAUGAUGAUGAUCCCAACAUGAUUCACGCUGUUCACUACUAUGACGGACUCACCCUUAUGUCAAAACAUUGGUGA